CAUAGCUCAUCGAGGUUUUUUUUUACGGGUCUUUAUUUUUUACCACUUCCCACCCACCUCGAAAUCAGGUAAAAGCAGCCCGAAAUUACACAAUGUCCGAGGAAAAGAAGAACGGCGAUGAAUUAAACGACCUGCUGGACAGUGCUCUGCAGGAUUUCGACAAAAGUGGUGCGGGGGACAAGCAGGAGAAGGCCUCGUCCUCGGAUGCGGCGACCACCGAAGGAGCCGAGGGCUUCGAGGAUCCCGAUGCAUUUUUCAUUGAGCAGGCCAAGGUGCUGGCCGAUCGCAUGAACACUCUGUUUGGAGGCCCGAACACGCCCAGUGGCGACAUCCCGCCCCUGCCCCAGGAUCCCGACCAGAUCAUGGCCGGUUUCAAGAAGAUGGCCGAGGCGGCGGCGCUCACCUUGAGCGGCGAGAAUUCGGCCACCGACGAGGAUGUCUCCAAGUAUUCCGAUAGCAUUUCCCAGGCACUCAAGGGCCUGCAGGAGGGCUCCGAGAACCUGACCGCUCCCGCCUCGGAGAACGACAUAGCCAGCAUGUUUGGCUCCCUGAAUCUGGACGGGGCCGCUGGCGAGGGAGAUGGAAACAUGUUCCUGCCCUUCAUGGAGGGCAUGAUGCAGAGCCUGCUGUCGGCGGAGAUUCUGCUGCCCAGCAUUCGCGAGCUGCUGGAGAAGUACCCCAAGUACCUCGAGGAGAACGACGACAAGCUGUCGGCCGAGGACAAGGAGAGAUACCAGAAGCAAAUGGAGCUGUACAAGGUGAUCGAGGGGCAUUUACAGAGCGAGAAGGCCGAGGAUUCGGCCGCCGUCAAGCGCGAAAAGUUCCGCGUGGUGCUGGACGACAUGCGCAGGCUGCAAGACUACGGCCAGCCGCCGGCAGAGAUUCUCGCCGAGACGGGCGGCGACCUGCCCUUCGGGGAUCCCCAGACCGCCGUGGCUGCCGGCGCUCCCGGUCCCCAGUGCCCCACCAUGUAGUUGCUGGUCGUCAAUCCUGGUGUGCCAAUUGGUUAACUGUUGAGUGUUGCACAUUUAUUAGGCUAAGCAAUUUGUAUUUUACUUUAUCCCCGACAAAACAAUCCGGCGGUGGCUAAUUACUAA